CCUGCCUCUGGGAAACCACCUCAAGCUUCCCCAGACAGAACUCAGAGCUCCGAACCAAAUCAAUCACCCAGCCAAACUAUCCAUCUGUUCCUGAAUUCCAGAACUCAAGUUAAACAGAAAAUAAUCAUGGCUUCAGGAUACGAUAGAGCUCUUUCUGGUAAGCUAAGCUCCACAUCCAAUAGCUCCAACUACCCAAGCUAAUACGUCGCAGUGUUCAGGUUUGUUAUCAUCAGCCAAACAGUUACCAUGGCAAGCUAACAGAUCGAUAGUCCCGACGGACACGUUUUCCAGGUCGAAUAUGCCCUCGAAGCCGUCAAACGAGGUAUGGUCAAAUCAUUGAGGUUUAUGGAAUACAAGCUAAGACAACACCAGGAACCUGCGCGGUCGGCGUCAAGGGAAAAGAUAUUGUAGUAUUAGGAUGUGAGAAGCGCUCGGCAAUGAAACUACAAGAUACCCGCAUCACACCCUCGAAAAUUGGAUUGGUCGAUAUCCACGUCUGUUUAGCAUUCGCCGGACUCAACGCAGAUGCCCGAAUCCUAGUCGACAAGGCCAGAUUAGAAGCUCAAUCCCACCGACUUACUGUAGAGGAUCCCGUCACGAUAGAGUACAUUACAAAAUACGUGGCUGGUGUGCAACAAAGAUAUACUCAGAGUGGUGGUGUCCGGCCGUUUGGUAUCAGCACUUUGAUUGUUGGUUUUGAUCCGCUUGACAAGACUCCACGAUUGUAUCAGACUGAGCCAUCUGGAAUUUACUCUGCAUGGUAAGCAUAAUUCAGAAGUUCGGAAGUUUAUGUUGGGUAGCUAUGUUGGGUAGCUAACAAUCUUACAGGAAGGCAAAUGCCAUCGGACGAUCAAGCAAGACAGUCCGAGAAUUCCUGGAGCGAAACCACAAAGACGAUAUGGAUCGCGAAACAACCCUUAAAUUAACCAUCAAGUCAUUACUCGAAGUUGUACAAACCGGAGCAAAGAACAUCGAAAUCGCAAUCAUGGCACCGGGGAAGCCACUCGAGAUGUUACCUGUAGAGGAUAUCGAGGCAUAUGUGAAGAGCAUCGAGCAAGAAAAGGCUGAGGCAGCAAAGAAGAAGACUGGACGAACACCCGGUACCGGAAGCGCGGCAAUCCUGUCAAGGGGUCCAGAUGAGUAG